AUGGUUCGUUUUUCUUUUAAAAUAAUAAUAAAUAUACGUUAAGAACGCCAGAGUGGUCCCUAUAGGGGUUAGUGGAAAAAAACAGUCAACUGGUCCCUAUAGGGUUUUUUUAAUUUUUUUGUUCAGACCAAAGUUAUAAAGAAAAACUUGGUGGGCCCAUUUCCAGUCGUUUCUAACAAAAUUUCAUCAAAUAUUUCUCAUUUUGAGUCGGUUCCGCAAAAGCACUACGACCCAAUUGCGCGUUUUAUUUUAUCACGUACCCGUAUAUUUUUCCUAGUCCUUUGGAACUUUUUAUUUUUCCGGGUUAUACCAUGAUAAGAUAUAUACUUUUUCAAGAGAGAAUUGGUAAUGAAAGAAUUGAAAAAAGAAAUUGAAUUUUUCUUGGAAAAAAACGACAUAGUUGCUCCAUGGACAAAAAUCGAUUGAUUUUUAUUUUUUUGCGAGCGUUUUUUUAUUUUUUUCUUCUAUUUUUUUACCUUUUUAAUUUAUCUAUUUCGUUGUUAUUUUAAGCUCUUUGUUCCAUGCGCUACUGAUUUUGAUGAAGAUUGAAAAUUUGGUAAUUGAAAGUUGAUGUAAUAAUUGACAUAGUUUUUUUCUAAUUUAUGAUAUUUUUUUCUUGAACCUUAUCAGUUGUUUUUUAGAGUUUUCAAUCUUGGAAAAAAGUUUUUCUUUUAAAAGAGGAAAAGGUGAAAAUUCUUAAUGAUAACGUUUCUGAAAUUAAAUCUUGAAAUUUUCGUGUUUUUAAGUUUUUUUUUAUGUGUUAGUUCUGCAUUUAAAGCUAUUUUUUCAGGAAUAGUACUGUUUUUUACUGAUUUUUUUUUGAUUUAUGCUUUCAUUGCCUAAAUUUUUCAUUAUCAUACCUUUCUAAUGAAGUUCAUUUCAGAGACCCGUCUUUCGGACACCAAAAAAGAAAAAAUUUUCGAGCCCCGUGCCGUUUUUCAUCGGCUGUGGCUGUAUUGCAUUUCUUGUCCUCGCCGGCGCCGUUGUACUUGUUAUUCUUGUUUGGGUGAGGAUCCGUAAUGGGGAAACACUUCGCGACAUCUUCCAUUCCUAAAAACUUUGAUAAGUAAUAAAUAUAUCCUUGUUCUCACUUCCUAAUGGCUCCUCGUUUUUGCGAUAUAGGCAAUUCCUCGCUAGCUUGUCAUGUUUUUCUUUCCGCCAAAAGGCCAGGUCAAAUUUAACCAACUUUCGCUUCAAGACCUUUGUUUCUUGCCGUUAUAAAAGCAGAAAUUUGAUCUAAUGUGGUAUACGGUCUUUUUGGCGGAAAGAAAAACGUGACAAGCUGGCGCGGAAUAGGCUAUAUCUUUUAGAUUCGGAGUUUAAAAGCGUAUUCUUCCAGUACUUGAUUGAAAUUUUGAUGAGGCUUAAAAAUGGCAAAAGGGCGGUCAAGUUAGGCUCGGCAUCCCAAGAUUUACUUGGAAGUCGGAUCCGGACCGCCCCAGCUGAAACAAUGAAGAGUCCUUUACACUCAACAACCGCCUUUUACUAGUUGUUUCAGCGGGAAUUUUUUUUUUUUUUUCGACGGUUGUUUCAUAGGCUCAGAGUCCUAUGUGAGUGUUCGGGUUGGGUGCAAUGGCUGAGCCCCCGUUUCGACCGGCUUGUCCCCUGGUUUUUAUACCCCCUUGUAGUUGUACAGCCGACUGGCAGCGACUUGCGCCAUCUUGUAGCCCUUCUUCUUGACGGCGUCUCUGCUCGUCUGCCAUGUGGCUCUGCGUCUGCUCUGACCGGCCUGGAGCCGUGCCAGAAAGUUUCCGACGGUUUUGAGCAGACUUUGAGCCUUGAGGAGCGCGCACUUUUUGCACAAUCACAAUCUUUUUUCGAAUAA